AUUGUUGUUAUUUUUUGAGAGGAAAAUAAUCGUGAACCGUGUUUGCGUGAAAAUUUCGGGGUCCGUUGCACGGUAAAAAUGCUGGCUUCCCGUGCACUUUUGGUCGGAAGACUGCUGGCACGCGGUGCCGUCGCCAAGAAGGUGAACCCCACUGGUCUACGCAACCAGAUCGUUCGCCAUGGACACGACUGGUCUUAUCGAGUAAAUGGACCGAAGCCGGAGAUGCUGGCACGGGUUGGAGCGCAAGUCGCCGGAGGUUUCAUGUGGUGGUGGAUUCUGUGGCAUCUCUUCCACGAAUACGAACACAUUACGGGUGAAUUCGACUAUCCCGAUCCGUCUGCGUGGACCAACGCUGAGCUGGGUAUUCCAUCGGACGAACUAGACGAGUAAAGCUCACUGCCAGCAAAUCCGUACUCUAACCUGUGCUUUAGAACAUCUAUCAGAUUCGGUUGUAAAUAAACAGUGGCGGCUGUAGCGUAAACUGGAA